AUCGAUUUAAAUAAAAAAUAAAAAACAAUUUCGGGUUGAACACGAACUCUGAAUUCCCAUACCCGCGAGUUGUGUUGUGGACACAGCACCAAUAGAGCAUAGGACUUUUGGGUUGCGAUCCGUGAAGGCGUAGCGUGAGCUCAAACACAUAAUCAACACCAUAUUUCCUUCAACCCUGUUUUUGUCCUUUCCUUAAAAAACCGCGACAGUGUGACGGAAACAAAGAGGAGUGCAUGUACCUGUCUGUUUCCCUUUGAUUUCAUCCUCUCAAAAGAAGAAUGUGGGGAUUUGGUGGUAGAUAUUAUUGGGGAAGAAAGGUAGCUUGUGAGAAAGCUGAUGGAAUAGUAGUGGUGUUCGCGUGGAUGUCAAGCGAGGAGAAGCACUUGAUGAAAUAUGUUGAGCUCUACUCCUCUGUCGGAUGGAAUUCACUUGUCUGCCAUUCUCAAUUUCUCAAUAUGUUCUUCCCUGAGAAAGCCACAAUUCUUGCUGCUGAUAUUCUUAACGAACUUCUUGAGGUGCUGAAAAUUAGGCCUUGCCCCAUUGUCUUUGCAUCUUUUUCUGGUGGUGCAAAAGCUUGUAUGUUCAAGGUUCUUCAGAUGAUUAGUGGGAAGUGUGAAACACAUAAUAUGGAUGACUACCAACUUGUUAGAGACUGUAUUUCUGGCUAUAUUUAUGAUUCCAGUCCAGUUGAUUUUACCAGUGAUUUGGGUGUUCGCUUUCUUCUACACCCGACUGUUUUAAAAGUGUCCCAUCCACCAAGAUUUGCUUCAUGGGUUGCAAAUGGCAUUGCAUUUGGUCUUGAUUCUCUUUUCCUCAGCAGAUUUGAAUCACAACGUGCAGAGUACUGGCAAACACUUUACUCCACCACUAGUAUGCAGGCCCCAUAUCUCAUUUUUUGUUCAGAAAAUGAUGACCUUGCUCCUUUUCAAGUUAUUUCAAAGUUUGCCCAUCGACUAAAAGACCUUGGUGGAGAUGUGAAACUGAUAAAAUGGAGUGGCUCUCCUCAUGUAGGUCAUUUUCGGCAUCAUCCAAUUGAUUACAAGGCUGCUAUCACUGAGAUGCUUGGCAAGGCAGUUGCAAUUUAUUGUCACAAAAAUAGACGAAUUGAAGAUGAAAAACUGGGCAUAGAAGGAACAAAAGAUGAGAUCAAAGAUCCGUUCUCUGAAUUGAGGAAAGCAGCAAUGACCUCAACUAGUUUUCAGGGUUUUGCACUUGCUCCAAGUGAUAAUUUGUCUCCUAGUUCAAUGGAGUAUUACGAUGGCAAAGAUGUUGGCUCUGUAGCAGAUGAACGCAAGGGAGGUUUUAUUCAUCUCCCAAGCCGUCCGAGCAUCAAUGCACAUGGGGUUCUUGGCCAAAUGUUGUUUGAUAUUUGUGUUCCCAAGAAUGUUGAGGAUUGGGAUAUCAGGUCGAAUUCCAAGAAUGGAGGACUCUUAGUUGGUACAAGGAGGCAUGCUCCAUUUAAUCCUAUAAAAUGUAUUCGGCGCUCAAGGUUGUAAGAUUGUUGACUGGCAAAAGUUUGAGGUGAAUUCUCUGACAAGCUUUAAGGUUGAUGUUUUUCUUCAAUUUUUUAGGGAGAUCUAAUAGGCCCUCAGUUGUGAUAGUACCUGGAAUAAGAGGCAGAAGGACUAAUGAAUUCUCACCUCAGUGGUUCUAUAAGCACUGAGUGAGGAAUAAGUAAUGUGAUUGAGCAGUAAGCCUUUUUCUUAACGUAAAUUGUACAGCUACUUCAACGGAGAAAAAAUAUUAUGUUUUGACUGAGAUCACUGUGACAAGAAUAAGGGGGGAGUUGUAAAUGUAAUACUGUAUCCUUCGAAUUAAGUUGACAUAUUCUGUUCAUAUAGAAAGUAGUAUUGCUUCAGAGCUCACUUUCAACCUCACUCAUUCACAAUAUAAGGUUGUUUGGCGUGAUGAAUGAAUGGAAUUC